ACACAGGGACCGUCCCGAGGCGGAACCAAUGUUGCGCGGCCCCGGCGCCGGGACUUGUUGUUGUGACGGAGUGAAGAUGGCGCUGCACAGUCGCAGGUUUUUGCUUCUUUUGGCGCAAGAAAACCUGGAGUUCAGAUUCCCGGAGAUUACAUCACUUUUUUCGGUUUGUGGUGGACAGUUAAGAUGUGAAGAGAAUAUUAAUGAAAAGUCUCCAUUCUGGGUACUCAACAUUCCCUCUGAGGAUAUUGCAAAAGGAAUUAUGAGACGAACAGUGUGUGCAAAAUCAAUAUUUGAAUUGUGGGGUCAAGGAAGAACAUGGAAAGAGUUGCACACUUCCCUGAAAAAUUAUCCUACAGAGAGAAUGAAUCCAUAUCUUCAGAGAGAUUCAACGUAUAAGAUAAAUGUUUAUGCAUUCAACAAAACGCUGACACAUAACAAAAGGAUUCAAAAGAUAGAUGAUUUAGAAUUUCUGCCCUUUAAAGGAAAAGUGAAUCUAAAGAGUCCGGAGCAUGUGUUUUGGUUACUUGAAGACUAUGGCACAGAUCCGAAUAACACUCCUGAGAAGCCGUUUGUUCUUUAUUUUGGAAGAUGGCUUGCUGAUGGUCAAAGAGAACUAAUUGAUUCCUACAGUGUGAAGAAGCGCCAUUUCAUUGGUAAUACAAGUAUGGAUGCAUGUUUGUCCUUCAUAAUGGCAAACCAUGCCCAAGUGAGACCCAACGACUUGGUGUUUGACCCUUUUGUGGGAACAGGUAGUCUUCUUGUAGCUUGUGCUCAUUUUGGAGCAUAUGUAUGUGGAACAGACAUUGACUUCAACACUAUUCAUGGACGUGGUAAGGCCAGUAGGAAAAAUCAGAAAUGGAGAGGACCAGACGAGAAUAUCCGGGCCAAUCUUCGGCAGUAUGGCUUGGAGAAAUUCUAUAUUGAUGUGUUUGUUUCUGACGCCUCCAAGAAAAUCUGGAGGAAAGAGAAACUAUUUGAUGCAAUCAUUACGGAUCCUCCAUAUGGUAUUAGGGAAUCCACAAGGAAAACAGGCUCACAGAAAGAAAUUUUUAAGCCAACGGAAGAUUAUGUGGAAAAUUACGUCCCCGUAUCCAUGAGUUAUCAGCUCAGUGACAUUUUUAUCGACCUGCUGAACUUUGCUGCCCAGUGCCUGGUCAUGAAUGGUCGACUGGUUUACUGGUUGCCAGUAUAUAAACCUGAAUACUCUGAGGAUGUUGUUCCCCAGCACCCUUGUUUAAAACGUAUAAGCAACUGUGAACAGCCUUUCACGAGCCAUACAGCACGACGGUUAAUUACAAUGGAGAAGGUGAAAGAAUUUGAGGUUAAGGAUCAAUAUGCUCAUCUUACUGAUACCAGGUACAGCCCCUACACAGGCCACAAUUCAUUCCGGGACAAAUUCUUCAGUGGUGUUGUAAAGAAGAUUUCUAAAGAAAAUGAAAAUUUCCAGAACUGAAUGUUUAGAGCACAUCAGACUUUUAACUCAAUGAGCUUGCACACACAUUUGUCCGUUGUUAAAUUUAGAAUUCUUAAAUGUAAUUUGAGAGAUGGAGGUUUUUAAAUUUAAGUUGAGUGAUAGCAGAGAUUAAUGUGAAAUUUGUUUUGUAUUCUACAUCCAAUAGAAUAUGCAUGAGCCAAUCAAAGAAUAAAUGUCUUUUUAUAUCCAGAAA